AUGGGCCGAUGGAUCUCAUUUUGGAUGGGCCAAGACUGGGCCUCACUUUUGAUGGGCCGAGAGAGCUGUGUUAUUUUGUGCAGGCCGAGCAAAGUUGGAAGAACUUGCCCUUCGCCAUGUGAUCUUCUCCCUGCCAAAUCGGAGAUGGUGUUAUUCAGGCCGGUGUGGUGCUCCGGCGAAGUGCCUACUACUGGUGCGAUAAACCUUCUCACGCACUAUGAAUCUGUGGGCUGGGCCCAGUAUAUUAUUUAUGAAGAUAAUCCGGUGGCUGUGAAUGUUCUCUUUCCCUCACCGUCAUCUUCCCGACCAAUCGUCUCAAUAGGUGAAAUUGCCUCAAUUUAUCCGGAAUUUGUCUCUGCUACGAUGGGUUUCCUCACCGCCAUAUGCGAUGAUGACAUCUUUGAUGACCAACCGAGAACCUACACCGGUUUUCUAAGUCUUUCAUGGAUCAAUCCAGCUCUCGGGUCGCUUGUAGAUUUGGGCAUGAAUUGGCUAUGUUUGUUAAAAUAUUCUCCCUCCACAUCGAGCGUGGAGAGACCACCUACCAGUCACUGUGCUUCAUGCAAUCAUUCGACAGAGUUCUUACCUCCCCGGGAGAAUAAUAAGAGAAAACGCGGGGCCAAUGAGUCUCCAAGCAAGAGGCAGCCUGUGGAGAAGAAACGGACAGUAAAAUGUGGAGUUUGCAAAGAACUAGGCCACAAUUCGAGGUUUCAUAAGAAUGAUCAACCAAAGGCUAUUUGUGGACCUUCUGAAACCGCUGUCUUCACUCAAGAUUCUCAAGCCCCUACGAUGACUCAAGAUUCUCAAGCGUAG